AUGAUUGAUACGAUUUACGAUAUGGACACUGGCGAAUAUGAGACUAAUACAUUAGUAAUUAAUAAUAUAUCAUCUGUUAACUUUGCCUUCUACGAUCCCGUCUCCCCAACCUUAACAUCCCUUAGUUCCCAUGCGCUCGAGCUCGAGACUGCGCUCCGGAAAGAUGGGUUCCUGGCAUAUUACGAUACGGUUCGACGGGGUAUAUGGUGCUUUUACUUAUCGCAGAAGAGUAGGCUGCAGGGAGGUCAAUCAGCAAUACCUACAUUUCCCAAGUUGAUUGGAAGUGCUGGGUUUAGCUUUUCCUUGACCGAGGAGGGCACCUUUGAAUCGGUGGCACUCGUUAAGAGUCGUACACAUGGCCCAAAUACCGCCAAUACUCCAGCAAGCUCCUCAUCCUCAACUGGAUCCGCUGCUCUAGACUCGGCCUAUAGAAAUAUGCAGUCUGCUACAUUUUCCUCGGCCCAAUCGUUUUCUACUCCAAGCGAGCAGGAGUCCAGGACAGUCCCACCCAUAGACUCGAAAAUCACUUCCUCGACGUCAACAAAAGAUGUCUACGAUUACUUUAUCUGCGCUGCUUUAUCUGCAGUAUCUUCUAGCUUCUGUGCUAACACUGGGGCUAUCCCGCUAAGCUCCCGGACCCUGCUUCUUUCGAGCUCCCCUCACGACGACUACGCCACUGCUCCUGCGAUACUCGCUUCCUUACGCGUAUAUCUCACAACAACUGGCAGUCUUGUCAUAUCGUUUUCGCUUUCUCUGGCGGAGGGAAUUGGAGGCGAAGGAGAUGAUGUCUCGGGGUCUGAAUUUGACCGGAACUAUGACACUCUAAGGGUCGCUAAGCAAUGGUUUUUAGAUGCGGGGGAGCGGGAUGAGACACUGAUAAAGAAUAAAAAGGAGAGAGACGCUGCAACGGCUCGUGAAGCUACGCUAGGAGACGGUCAAAACCCACAUACUAGUGGUCUAUCUCCUUUACCAUUACAGCGAUCCAAUAAUACUGGUGUACCGCCUGGUUUAUACCCGACACCUCCAGACGGUAACAUCCAAAAUAUUGUUGGUGCGACGCCGUCUAUGGACGGUACGGCUUCUAGUCCUGGAAAUAAUGCGGCUGCAUCUGCGUUAGACAUUGAUGGGACUCGUAAUGUGAGAUCGUACGGAGAUCAUUGGGAGAAUACGGACACGAAACGCGAACGCAUAGGUGCUUCAUUUGAGUCAGAAAAUCUCUUCGGCGAAUUGGGUCCCGAUAUGUUUGCAGACGCCGAUAUUACCGAGGCUGAUUUUAAUUUCUUUGAUGAACAGCCUGGCGACAUGGGCCUCAGUUCCCUUGACUUGCCUGGCAUCUCAAAUUCAGAUUCAAAUUUAGGUCUUACUGUCGGCCUUCCGACGAUACAAGAGUCUCAGACCAAGGGAGGUCCUCCGGAUAUUCGCUUAGUUGAUGCCGCUUCGCCAACGUUCACGAAGCCUGAGCUAAGACAUGCACGGAGCUCGUUAGGAGAUGAAGCACGGCGCCAAGCUGGAUUAGACGUUAAUAGAUUCCAGUCUGCGGGCGUUAAACGGCCCGCUAGUCCAUUCAACCCGGAUACCGUGUUCAAGAGAAUUAAAGCGUCCCUUGAUAACCACCAUGCAGUACAGGAGAACUCUCGUAUAAAAGUGUCUCCUCAUAACAGCAUUUUUGAUAAAGUGGAUUUUGGACCCUGCUUAUCGGCAGUGAACAGUAAAUAUGAAGGGAGUGGGCGGUUCGACUACUCUGUCGAGCGAUCAGAAGAUGUCAAGUUUUCUAGUCUAAAUGAACCGCCAACGACGAAUUAUUUGCGUCGCCAUGUCAAGGCCCGGAAGGGCUUGAAAGAACUCCCUGCAAAGAUCGGACAUCUUCUAAUUCACCCACCUGGUUCUCAGAUUCCCAUAUCGAAUCGUCCAAGCCCUUCAAACCUCGAAGAGACGCACUCAGACGCCGAUGAAAUGAGUAUUGUAUCGGAUCAGGAUGAUUUAAGCUACGAUAGUGAUGAUCCAUCAUCCCCCGUGAAAUCCUCGAGCGUGAGAAGACGACUAGUUGACGACGAUAGGGAGUCCCUUGCUACAUCAUUUAAAGAGCUCGAAUCUAUAGACCUGAGUUUGCCUCAUCUACCACUUGAGUUGCCUCAUGCAUGCAAGUCCGAGGCGGACUUGCCACUCACCAAGUACUUUGCCGACCCGGAACCGCCACUUUUCUCGCCAUCACUACCGGACGAUCAGUUAAUAAUGGCAGCACAAAUUCUUACAGACCAAUUUUCUACUUCCACCUUUUCGACUACUACCACACCUCAACUGUUAGAAUCAAGAGUUUACCAGCGCCGUCAGCUUACCAAUCUCACAAGGAGAUCGAUCCAAGAUGUCAAGUCUGGCCUUCCCCCAUGCCUUGCAACUGCUACGGAGUAUCAAUUUCGUCCAUUUAUAGAACUUCAAGAUGUACCCCUUCUCGGGCAACCUACACGAAUGCAGCCAAGGCCACCGGGAGCCGAUCAGAUGAGGCCAAGUAGUUUAUUCCAGGUCCCAUCGCCACAUUUUGAGUUGCGGCGAUACGAGUCUAAGUUGUCUGUCUUACCAUCUGCUGUCGCUUUCUGGGAGAGUCUUGGACUAAGUCCGUCUCCUGGAAAUAAAGACAUCAAUGCACUCUGUAUUUUCCCCAAUAACGAGGGUAUGGCAGAUGACAUGCUUGCGUUUACAGAUCGAAUGCGUAGCAUUUACGAAUCAUUAAAGCUGGGUUCAUUCAGCCGUCUUCCUACAACAGCUGGUGUAGAGAACGGCAUGUUUCCUUUCACUUCUGAGAAAGACCUAAUCCCAUUCAGCAAGUCAUCAUCUUUUCUACGACCCUCAAUAGCGAGCUGUGUUAGUAAAAUCUGCCAAGUGUUAGCAUCAAUGAUAGUUGAAGAGAUAAAUUUUGUUAUCUUCUUCGUCUAUUCGCCAGAUGCUGCUGGAUCGGCAGUAGAAUGCUGCUCUGCUUUCAACCAGAUCUUCGAGGGAUACAGAAGAAUAUUGUCGAGUAAAAAGUUAUCAAUCGUUAACGAUCUGGCCCUACAACUAAUACCACAAGAUUUCAUAGCAUCUUCAUGUUCAGUUGCUAUGCCAUCCCCUUCUGAUUUUGGUAAACUGGCCAUGGAGACAUACGAUAGGUGUACUCAAUUUGGUGGAGCGGGACCAUCCCCGGCAAUAAUGCUUGAACAACCACCACCAAGGAUAAUCGAUUUCAAGCUGACAACCAAUCCGUCCGCGUCGUUGUUACACGAGAACACUUGCCUCCACAUUGCAUAUGCGCAAAGCAUAGAUGGAAGGUGGGUUACAGCGGCUUGGACAGAUAAUAGGGGUAGCCAACAAAUGACGGCGUCAUACUGCCUAGGAAGAAAAGGGAAAUGUCUGUCGAGGCCAAUCGCGGAUGUAACUACAGAGAUCUGGGGUGCCACUCAUGACUUCAUAUCUGCUCGGAAAGUACACUGGCGAAUCAUCAUCGCGAAAUCCGGUACGAUGGAACAGUCCGAGAUAGAACUCUGGUCUGCCCUAGCCCAAGCAGAGUCGAAAGCAUCGAUCAGCUUGACGCUGAUCGUAGUAGACACUAACCCAUCCAUGCAACUCCUCCCCCCGGCAGUUAAGAUAACAAGCAAUGCCUUAUCUGUAUUCUACACCACGCCGGUUUCAACGCCACAAGGCUCUAUGGUGUCGCCGGAGCAGAGUGGUAACCCACUUACGCCCAUGCGAGAGAAUGCACCUACAAGCACACCGACGCCCAGCGGGGACAACAAUCCAGAAGCCGAUAGUGACGCUACAUUAACCGAAAUCACCGAUCAAACGUGGGGUGCCGUCCUAUCCCACAGAUUGAACAACUCGACUUCCUUGACAGAGCUGAAUCCAGCACUAAUCAGUGGGUAUCUAGUAAAACGUGGUGGGACACGAGUUGAAGACCCUCCUGUCCUCCUAGAGGUCAAUCUAGUACAUAAUGAGGGGAAUCCUAGAGCAUAUGAAUCUUUAUUAAGGGAAAUACUUACUUAUUACCGAGGGCUCGGGACACUAGCUAGAGCGCGUGGCAUGGUAGACAAGGAAACAGACAUCCGGCCAUGGCAUAUUGCCGCGGCUGAGAAUGCGGUUAAAGCGUUAUAUAUGUUAGUGUGA